AUGGCGACAGUUGCUGCUGCAGCAGAUGUCUCUGCGGCUGUUUCAACUGUUGCUGCAAAUGUCUCUGUAGCUGUAUUGGCUACUUUUUCAACUACAAACAACAACACACUUCACUAUGAUCUUUCCAUCAAAAUCGCGAUAAGAAAUCCUAAUCGAAGAGUUGGUAUCUACUACAAUAACAUCGAAAUGCUUGCAUUUUAUAAGGAUGUUAAGUUUGGUUCUCAAACUUUUGGAAAAUUCUUUCAGAGUCAUAAGAAUACAAGUUUCUUGAAUGCAGUUUUUAGAGGUCAGAAAGUGAUUCCUUUAAGUUCUGAUCAGAUUUUGGAACUGGAUAAAGAGACGAAAAACGGAGUUUAUGCAAUUGUUGUUAAGAUUUUGCUUAAAGCAAGGUUUACACUUGGUUUGUUCAAGACAUGGGAAGGGAAUCCUAUGGUUCGUUGUGAUUUGCAGGUUCCUUUGAAAUCCGGCAAUGAAUUUCUAGCCACUAAUUGUGAUUGGGAUGACAAAUGGUGGUUAUUCCGUUAG